AUGCCCAGUUCCCACUCCGGCGACUCAUCAAUAGGUGUUACAAAGACACCGGCUACGCUAAAGAACCUCCGAUCCAAGUCCUACGAAGGAGCUUGGUGGCCGUCGCUCGAUGAAGUGCUAAAUAAUACCGCACCUCCACCGUACUCCCUCAGCGCAUUCAUGAAAUACCUCUCCCAAAACCACUGUGUUGAGACAUUAGAGUUUGUCCUCGAAGCGAAACGAUAUUGCGAAAGCUACAAGUCAUCAGUCGAGCCAGCAAAGGAGCCCCCUGUUGCAACCAAGUGCUCGGCAAGUAUCGACCUGAAUCUGCUCUACCGGCUUCUUCUGAAGACAUACAUCCUCCCAGGGGCAGCCCGUGAGGUCAAUUUACCUGUCAAAAUACGUGAUGACCUUUUGAAAAACGAAAUUACGUCGACACCACCCUCGCCUGAGACUCUCGACGCCGCUGUGAGAAGUAUUCAGGACCUAAUUGAGGAUUCAAUUUUCGUUUCGUUCCUGAACAGCCUCUCAACAUGUCUUUACAGAGAUACAGCGUUGAGUGCAUCGGCUCAAGAUGACAGCAGGGCUUACCUCUUGUAUAAGACCUCGGAUAGUCAGUCGACGGAGCGAGUACAAACUAAGCGCCCAUCUCUUAUGACUCUCGGAAGGUCUUGGUCCUGGCCGCCCUGGAGUCGAUAG